AUAAUUUUCUUUACUACUGUGUUUGUGAACCUUAUGCUUUAGGGCAUGGAGUAUCUGGGCACAAAAAGAUACGUUCAUCGGGAUUUAGCAACAAGAAAUAUCUUAGUGGAGAAUGAGAACAGAGUUAAAAUCGGAGAUUUUGGAUUGACUAAGGUCUUGCCACAAGAUAAGGAGUACUACAAAGUGAAAGAACCUGGUGAAAGCCCUAUAUUUUGGUAUGCUCCAGAGUCUCUUACGGAGAGCAAAUUUUCUGUGGCUUCAGAUGUAUGGAGUUUUGGUGUGGUCUUGUACGAACUCUUCACUUACAUUGAAAAGAGCAAAAGCCCACCAGCUGAAUUCAUGCGCAUGAUUGGCAAUGAUAAACAAGGGCAGAUGAUUGUGUUUCAUUUGAUAGAGCUUUUGAAGAACAAUGGACGGCUGCCAAGACCAGAUGGAUGCCCUGAUGAGAUUUAUGCUAUCAUGAAAGAAUGUUGGAACAAUAAUGUUUCCCAGCGGCCCACCUUUAGGGAUCUUGCUCAGCGAGUGGAUCAAAUAAGGGACAACAUGGGUGGAUGAGGAAACUGUCCCUCCUUAAGAGGAUAUAUUAGAAUGCAGAACAAAAUGUACUUGGUCUGCUGUGUAUAGUUGACAUAUGUGCACAUGUGCAUCUCUCUUUGCUGGGAGUAAGAUCUGCGUGGCAAAUAUCUUUUAUGAAUCUGCAAACUGAGGAAUCCUGCUGGUUUUCUUUAUCAGGAUAUAUUUGUUACAAUGAGAACAUGUUGAAAUUCUCAAUAGGGAAAGAAAUUAUUUUUCUAAAUGGAAUAAUAUUAAUAUAUGGUCAGUCUACAACACCAUUAUUUGCCUUAUUUGGCAAUGCAAAAAAGAGGUGAAGAAAUAUGAUGAGAUUAAGAAAUAAGACUGUAUUUCUUUGUUGAAAAAGACACGUAUUCUUUUCACUGUGAGUAUGUAGUGAGUGACUGGGCACCCUGUUUUGUGUGUUGCACAAGGGCUUGGUUUGUUAACAUGCUUUUAUAACUUUCUGUUGUUGUUGCAGAAGUGGCUUCUCUGUGUAACAAAACGGAAUUGGUUAUGUAAUCCAGCAACUUUUAAUGUGCCUGUUUGAAUCAAUGAUCAGUCAGCAAUAUAUGCAAAGAAACAUAGGCCAUGUGAUGUACUGUAAGUAUUUCUAGGGGAAGGAAAAGGAAGUGAAUUGUUUGUAAUUCGGACAGCCUGAUAGCUUACUUGUGUGAGAACUGUAAUUUAAAAUGGAAAAGAAAGCGUUAACAAUUUUUCCUUAAUCUUCUUUUCCCAUAAGUGUUAGAGUCUCUUUACAUGUCUGAGGAUACAGCGAUAGCAAGUAGAAUUGAAGACAUUUCAUGUUAGAGUCUUCAGUUUGUUUCUGAGUAUGAAAAAGCCAAACAUAGUUCUUUAAAAUGUUGCUAUUUUACUCUUUCCAUCUUUGUAUUUUUUAUGCCGCCCUCAGUGUACUUGUAAAUUGGAAACUUUCUAAAAAAAAAAAGAUUAAAAAUACAGAAAAUGUCCUUCUAUUCCUCACUUUAUUGUGAUCACGAUCUUGUAUUUUCCUUCCAGUACACUAAAAAGGUUUAUGGCUCAGUAUAUGGUAUGGCCAGUGACUACUGCAUUGAGUUGACUUUGGGCCAAUUCAUUUUAAAAAUCUUCCUUUUUUUUUUUUUUUUCUUCUUCUAAGACAUAGUCUGUGACCAUUUGGAAGGAGGAAAAUAUAUGUGCAGUUGCUUCACAUUUAGCUAGAGGCAAGAAGAGAACUGGAAGGAGGUCAGAGUUACCUGAACAGAUUACUAUGUGUAAUUCCACAUCUGAAGUAAAUCUAACAUUUAUGGACAAGGCAACAAUUUUGUUUUGCCUCCAAGCAUGAAACUUGGGGAUAAUCUUGUAUCUUAAAGCAGUAAAGGUUUCAGAUUUUGUUUAUUUAAAUUCUAAUAAUCUGGUUGUUUCUACAUGUCAGAUGUUGUUGGUAAAGUACAGUGCUUGUUGUUCUUGGAACUUUUGCUGAGGUUCAAUUAAGCCUUCACAAGCUCGCAAAUCCUUAAAAUCCAUACAUGUAUUGGGAGUGAAGUGUUCAUUUAUAAAAUUUGUGGCAGUGAAUUUGUGGAAUAGAGGGAUUACUUCGCUGUGAGGCCUCGUUAAGAUUUAUGAUUAAUUACAUCCAUCUGCUCAGAAGCUUAAGUAACUUUAGUUAAAAAGUAGGGAUUUCUUGCUCGGUGUAACAUAGUGCCAGUAUAGCAAUGUUUUGUACCACUAUGAUCUUUCUUUCUCACAAUUGCUCAUUCAAAGUUAUGAUUUUAUAAUACGGGAGACUGCUAAGUAGGGAGAGCAGCAUCAGCUCUCUUUCUGCCCCUUGCAUUUAGUAAAAAUGUUGCUGGGUUUUCUUCAUGUGAAACUCUUUCACAGAACCUUUAAACUAAAUUUGCAAGCAGUUUAUAAGCUGCGGAGAAAUGUAGAGUACUCAUGUAUGUGUUCUCUGUUUCUGUACAUUGCUUUCAAGACGAUUUAGAAGUUUCAGGCAAGGAACACCUUUGCAUUUGUACUCCCAGUUGUGUGUGCGUGUUUUUUGUAGCAAAAGAAGAUAAAGCUUUAAAGCAUCGAAGCAGCAUUUUAGCUGGGGGUAAUGUAUGCAGGAACUAUGUAAAAUUUGCAGCGUGUGGCACUUGGUAGCUAACUGGUUUCCAACAUAUAGUAGACUAAACAUAAUUUAUGUAAAAAUCUCAGGGAAGUUUUGUGUAAUGCAAUGAAGAGAUCUUCCAGUCUGCUAUUUUUUCAAGUGAAUAAAAAGUCUUUUGCUUGUUCUGCUGCCGUAUGAUUGAUUACAUAGUCUGAUUGCUUAAAUAUAGUGUGGAACUCAAGGAUAAUUUUUUUUAAGUGUUUGGUGGACUUUUUACUUUAAUACUUUAUAAUUUUUAGAGAAAGCCAUAUCUUUACACUGCAGUAUAAUUUUGUGCUGUUGGUCAGGAGCAUAUGUAGUCCGUUGUACCAAGUCAGUCUGUGCAAAGGGCUUGAUCGCUCAGAAUGAGUAUUCUUACCUGGAUGAAUUGGACCAAGUAGUGCAUAGGACUCAGGGGAUACGUGUGAUCACCUGCAGUGUCAAUGUUUAGGUCUUGGAGCAGACAGAAUCAUGGUUUUCUCAAAAGCUGUAAGGAUGUAAAUGCAAUGAUUUGUUGAAUUUGCUAAUGCCAUGUGUAGUAUCUUUUUUUUUUUUUUUUUAAUAAAAUGAAAUAAUAAUUUAAAAAAACAAACAAAAAAAAAACCAACAAACCUCCCACCUCCAAAAAAAGCCCUGCAUUUCAAGAGCAAAUCUAUGGUAGAUUUGUAGAAUGCCGUAUUUUUAUAUAGUAUUUUUAUUAACAGAAUCUUCUUUGUUGUUGUUUUUGAAACUUUCUCCAGUUGGCAUUACAUUUGUCACACUUUAGCGUAGUCAAUAUGCUACCCAAAAUGCUGUGAUUUAUUGUAGGAAAAGUGCUGUUUAGUGCGUACAUGACUGCUGCUAUGAUGUAGAAUUAAAAUACUAACUACUGCUUUGCACUUAUUUUAAGUGAAAGGAUUUUCCUUGAAGUGCACAGUGCAUCUUAAAACAAAGAAAAAAGUCUCUGCAAACAAAUAUUGUCUAAUAUAAUGUAAUAUUGGUUUGUUUCUGAUCAGUAUGAAUAGUCUAAGCUUCAAAAUCCAUUUUUAAUAAUGCACCACAGCCUUGCAACAGUCAUGUAAUACACCAGAAGAGGAACAGAUUUUUCAAGAAAAGAAACCCAAACUUUGUCAAGUUGUAUUAUUAAAAGCUUCCAUAGUAGAGACUAUAACCGCUAUGUGUAGAGACAAAACUAUUAAAAAGGUGUCGAAUUAUCUUAAUUAGUUUUAGAAAACAAGUCUUUAAUUAUUGUGUUUGCUUGAGAUAUGGCCAGCUGUAUUGAAAUGUUUGAGAAACGACGUUACUGCAUGAAGUAUAGAGAAAUGUUACUCUUGUGUGAAGAAAGCAAACUUUUCAGGAAUGUGUGAGCAGAAAAAGCAGGAGGGAUGGACUCUGAGAGCAGGAGGGGAAGCACAGAAGAACAGCGGGACUGUUGGAAAAGGCUGCUGUUAAACAGUGAAGAAGCGUUCUGAAGUGCACAACGAUUUACACAAAGAACUGAUAACGUCUACUGAAAAUGCCAUAUCAUGACAAAUGUGCUGAUGUAUUUCUGAACUCUGUAUUGUCUGCCUUAAAUCUAAAAUUCUUAGAGACCUGUCCUGACUGAGAAAUACGAGAAUGACUAUACCAAAAGAAACUGCUUAAAAUUUGUUCAAUGCCAGACAACGAUCUUAAAAGGUGUUUUUGUUUUUGUUUUUUUCCUGAAUUUUGCUUUUUAAAUGAGAGGUUUACAAUACUUUAUAUUAAAGUAGAAAAAGUCCCUUUGGGGGAACAGAAAAGAAAACUUAUGUCACUUGUAGUUGGACUGCAAAUAUUCAGACACAUGGCUUGUUGGAGAGAACACAAAAGGGGAUAUUUUCUAGAGAAUUGUGUAUUAGUAACUGAAACUUAACUGUGCAUUUCUUUUGAGUUUGGUUAGUAGAAAUAAAAUAACUGAACACAAUGAA